AUGUCUUCAUAUAAACGAUUUUACAUGAGAUUUAUCUGCAUUUUUGUAUUUUUAAUACAAUUCAUUUCACAACAUUACGUUGCUGCUGCUGAUAAUUUACCAAUUGGACAAUGUGUUGUAACUUAUGAUGCAAAUACCGAUUAUUUUCCAACCAAAGUCACUGUUGAACCUUCCCAAUUUUUUAGUAUUCAAUACUUUAAUAAUUAUAAAUUGUUGACUAAUACACAAACCAAAGAAGCUUUUGCCCUUUAUCAAUGCGGAACACCAGCCCCAACUAAUUUACCAACCGGAACCAAAGUAUUUCCAAUUGCUGCCAAUAAAAUAGCUGCAUUGGAUACUACUAGUGUUUCUUUCCUUGAGGUUCUUGGACUUAGAUCCAAUAUAGUCGCAUUAGAUUCAACUGCAAUGGUUUCAUCGCCGUGCAUUCAAUCAUUGAAGGAGAAAGGUAGCAUUACUCAGCUUUCUAAUGAUGUGGCAUUACGUGAACAACAACUUGGAGCAGUUGAUGUAGCAUUUGGCGCAUUUACAGCUGAUCCUAAAAGCUUGAAAUCUGUGAGCACGUCUUCAACAUCAGAUCCAGGAACACUUAAUCGUGUUGGAUGGAUAAAAUUCUAUUCAGUUUUCUUUAAUCUGGAAAAGAAAUCCACUGAUAUUGUUACUCAGAUUAGUGACAACUACAAUUGUUACAAAAAAAUGGCAGUCGAUCAUCCACUAAAAGAAAAACCAUUAGUUGCUUGGAUUUCUUACGUUGCUCCAGAUGAAUUCAACAAUAAUACUGCAACUUGGAAUAUUGCUGAUGCAAUUUACAAGAAACAAUUCACUGAAGACGCUGGAGGUGUCUAUUUUAAUGCAACAACUCUUGUCUAUAAUGACGCAAAAAGCUUUCUUCAAGCAAUUGCAAAUGUUGAUAUUGUGAUUGAUGAGACAUUUAUUGGAGCGACAAUUGCAGAUUUUUACAAGAAUUACAAUCUGAGCGCUGAUCAGACCACUUACAAGUUUAUCAAGAAUAAAGCUAUUUAUCGUGAAGAUGGUAUCACUAAUCCAAUUGAUGGCCGUGAUUGGUUUGAGAGUGCAAUUGUUAUGGGUGAUGCAGUUUUGGAGGAUAUGAUCAAUGUGGUGAAUCCAUCAUUGCCAAGUACUUCCUAUAAAAGAAAUUGGUUUAGAAAUAUUGCAAAUGAUGAAACAAUCAAAAUUUCUUCAUCUGCUAAUUGUACUGAUGUUCAGUCUAAUAGCAUUGUUGUGAGUAUUAUUUUAUGA